UGAAGAAAGCCUGUAAUGACGCAAAUGAAUAUGAAUUUACUUUUUAAAGAAUUAGUCUGUCUACAUUCUUGAAAUCUCAGACUUUUUUAAAACAAACAUUCAAGAUUAUAAUAAGAGUGACACUGACAAUCAAGGAAGUUAAUUACUUAAAGUAAUAAUAAAUAAAAGAAAUACAUUUAACGCAUUGCUGCUUACAUAAUCUACAAUAGGUAUCUUGGAUUUUCCUUUGCAGUCAUGCUGAGUAAGAAUUUUUAACACUCACAUCUUGAAGGAUAAAUCGUUUUUAUUUUCUUACGCUGUUCGAAAAAGAGACAUUUGUUACAGGUACCAACAUAAAUAACGAUAUGAUAGAUAAACGCGAAGUAAAUAAAUCGUAGACCCUCCACCGCCUUCAAAUGAUAAAAUACCACCGUCAACAAAUCCGUCAUUGCAUCUUUGUCUACUAUUUACUUAAAAAYAAAAUUCUGGAACGUAACARCUUUAUCAGUAAAACACAAAUUUCUCAAAUCUGUAGUAACACACUCUCUCCGGCUGUGCAAACAAAUCUCKACUUUUUCUUAAAACAGAUAUCGAGUAUAUGUAUCGGAAACUGAUAACUUCGAGGUUUUCAGUUCAUUAAAAUGCGGUAUCUCUUACACUUAAUAACAUGUGCGAAAGAUGUAAAUCGAAGAAAUUUCCGAUCGAUGUGAAAUUUUAACCGUCCUUUAUUUUAUGGCUUCCUUGUGCUCUUUUUUCUCGAGUUUAUUCGAUUUUUGUAAGUAUGGCUGACCCUACCAUACAGACUUUCUGCUGUCAUCAUGCCAAUGGCACCGAUAUGGCUGUGACCAUUAUGGAAGAGUUUAAUACCGAUGCGUAUAAUGCAGUGUGUCUUUUCUCAUCGUGUUUAGGGAUUUUGGGCGCUAUUUAUCAGAUUUUGCCAAGACAGGAGUUUGCGAAUAAGCAUAGGUGGUUGUCGUUUUCUGCAGCGAGAGGACGGAAAAUUAUCGUUUGGUUAGCAGUCGCUGAUCUUUUAGCUUCAUUAGGAGUGUUUACAAGGUCAACAAUAUGGAUAAAUUAUAAAAAUAUUAUGCCGGCAGUUGAAGAUGACUCCAGUGUUGUAUUUUGUGCCAUUUCUUCAGCUUUAAUUCAAUAUUUUUAUACCGCAACCUGGAUAUGGACACUAAUUUAUGCCAUCGAUAUGCGGCUGAUACUAAGCGAAAAAGCAUCAAAAACUUUAUAUUACCAUCUAGUGGCAUGGAUUUUGCCCGCAGUUUUAACUACAGUUGGAUUAUCACUUUUAUACCUACCUGAUGCCAAUUGCCACACUGCAUCAUCUUUAAACGCUGCGAUUCUUCGAAUUUUACCAAAUUACAUCGCUACUUAUGUCCCUGUUGCAACUGUAAUGAUAGCCAACCCAUAUCUUUAUCAUCACUCCAGCAAAGAUAUGGAAGAGAUCAUAACGAGUGCCUCUGGUCAGUUCACAAGCAGAGAACGAGAAAUUUUGGAUGCCAUAAAAAUCAAAUUUUCUGUGAUAAAUUUUGUGUUUUAUUUAUGUUGGGUACCGAAUCUUCUCAAUGGUAUUUUAUUGUGGACUCUUUGGUUCCAUUUGCCGGCUGAAUGGAUCAUUGCCAUAUGGUAUAUUAUGGCACUAAUGAAUCCAUUGCAAGCUUUGUUCAAUUGCAUGGUCUAUAGAAGGUGGAGGAACGGCUCUGAAAAAAUUAUUUUACCAUGGAGGAAAGUCGAGGGUUCUUUUCCCACCGCUCGGAGUCCUCAAAGUCGCGAAUCUUUUACCAGUAGUGUGCGAGAGGAGAUACUACCCUUAUUGCAAACGGCGCAAAGUGUAAACGGUUACAGAAAUUACUGGUAAAAUAAAUCGAUUUUUCUUAAAA